AUGGGAAAGGACAAAGGGGCAGCCGCUGGUGGCAAGGCAGCAGCAGCGAAAGCGAAGUCUGAAGCAGCAGCUGUGGCAGCUGCUAAGGAGAAGGGAGUGGAAAUGAUGGAGUGCCGUCAUAUCCUAGUUGAGAAGCACUCAAAGGCCGUGGAGAUCCUGGAGAUCAUCAACUCAGGCAAGAUGGGCUUCAACGAGGCGGCAAGGGAGUACUCCAUCGACAAGGCAGGCAAGAGCGGUCUGCUGGGUUGGAAGCGAAGAAACGAGCUCGACCAAGAUUUCUGGAAUGCGGCGCUGGAGGUGCCGGAGGGAAAAUACACCAAGGAGCCAGUCAAGACGCAGUACGGCUACCAUAUCAUCAUGGUGCAAGCCCGCAAGUAG